UGGUGGAGCCACCGCUUAUACCGGGGACCCGAAGGCAAGAAAGUCGAGAUACUGUAUAGCAAAACAAAGGCCGAAUCAGAAGCCAUCGCCCAGCGCUUUCUCGGUGAGCCCAUUAUUGGAUUCGAUAUGGAGUGGCCGUGGGACGAUUGGAAGAGAGAAGGCUUGCAAAACAAAGUCGGUUUAAUCCAAAUUGCUUCUGAAGACAAGAUCGGCUUAAUCCACAUCGGACUACAUUCGGGAACGACGACGGAAGAGAUCAUAGCACCGACAUUGAAAAAGCUCAUUGAAGAUCCAAAGGUUGGAAAAGUGGGCGUCAGUAUACUCGCCGCGGACUUCGCUAGACUGAGUCGGUUCUUUGAUCUCAAGCCAAAAGGUGCUCUUGAGUUGAGUCAUCUGUACCGAUUGGUCAAGUUUGGGCCACAGAAGCCAGAACUCGUCUCCGUCAAACUUGUGAGUUUGGCGCAACAAGUCGAGGCACAGCUUGGGUUGCCAUUGUACAAGGGCAAUGUGCGGACAAGUGAUUGGAGUAAGCCGCUGUCGCAGAAGCAAAUCGACUAUGCAGCUGGAGAUGCGUACGCCGGAUACAUGCUGUACAAAUGUAUGAAUGCGAAGCGCCUGGCAAUGAGGCCUACUCCUCCUCCGCCAAUAGACGCGGGGAAAUAUCCAGGCAGAAAAACGUCGAGAGAUGAUCCCAUCAUUUUAGACGUUGGGGAUGGCACCACCAUCACAACGGAGGAAUUUUUUGGGGUCAAGCCUGCGAAGAGCGUGACACCAUUGACAGCACCAGUCCCAGAACCAACUACAGAUCCACUUGAUGCUACAUCGCAGGCCCUGUAUGAUGCGUUACUCGCGCGCCGGGCGCUUGUUGCUGAGAAAGCAGGCAUACAACCAACGCAAGUCAUUCACGAUUCUAUACUCAAAGCCAUUGCACUCGCGCGCCCCCAUGACACGCCUAGCCUUCUUGCAGUCAAAGGCAUCGGCAAGGUUCAGCAAUCAAAGUACGGCGACGGUUGGCUCGAGGUUGUUUCACUUUUCCUAAAAGCCAAUGACAUCGAGCUACCGACCAGCGCUGCCGACCCUUCAGCGUCAAAGACGGAAGCACCAGCUCCUCAGACUUUACUGCGGACCCAGAAACAGCGUCAAGUUUCUGUAGACUCAUCUUCGUCUUCAUCAUCCCCGGCGUUCGAUGACCCCCCAGUUCCCAAGGCCCCCCAGCUACGCACAGGUCUCUCAUUCACCCUAGCUGAAUCGUCGCUCGGCGCAACCAGCACAGCACUAGACAGCAAAGACGCCGACUACAACUCUGACGACAGUCUCCCAUCGCUCGACUUUGACACGCCUCAAAUCGCCACAUCCAUAGCCUCCAGCGCAAAGCGCAAACGGAACGAGAGUCCAACAGAGCCACAAUCACAAAAACAAAAACAAUACAACAGAACCCACGGCUCGCCUGUUCAAACUCCACCACACCCUGAAACCCCGCACUCCACAGCGGGCCCAUCACAACCUCCGCCAGCACUCGGCCUCGCUUCUCGCAUCGCAAAAUCUAAACUCCUGGCUUUUAGUAACCUCGUCGCGAGUAAGCUGGCGGCGGAGAAGAAGAAGCGCCUGCAGGACCGCGACCACGACUCAUCUGCUGCUGUCAGUGCGCCCCAACUCGUCACACCGCAUACGCUCGACUUGAUUGUGCAGGCGCGGCCGCAGACGCAGGCGGAACUGGAGCGCAUACCUGGUGUCGACGGAUUACUCGUGGCGUGUGAGAAGACGGGCAUGAAUUUGUUGAGGAACGUGGUGAAAUUUGUGGGAGCGGGAAGC